AUGGGGAACGUGUGGAGCUACUACGAGGACAACGUUGCGUUCGACAAGACAGCGUGCUUGUCAUCGAGAGGAGCAUCGCAUGGAGGCUCUGCUUUCUACACUUCGUUCAGACGGAGGGCUGCCAAGGUUGUGCUUCAGCAAGAAGCAUCUGGUUUAACGUCGGAGCGAGAGGAAGUGCUCUUGACACUGGAGAACUGGGUCAGCGAGGCUUCCGUUCUGUACGACCAGGAUGGUGAAUUCCCAGUGACGGUGGCCAUGCAGCAAGAGCUGGCGUUCGACCCGAGCAAAGCUGGAGAUGCUAUUCGCCAAAAGAACGACAACGAUGUGCCAGCUACAUUAGAGGAGAAUAUCCUUAAAGGAUUGUGCUCCAACCCGUUGAGUACACCGGACAGCAUCUACAAAAUCAUGAUACAGCUCGGUGAACGCCUUGGAAGCGACGAGUUUCUGCGUGUAGUGGGAAAGUAUCCGCGUGCUGCGCGUUUGUUCGCAAGCCAGCAACUCAUUGCUCGCUCCGACGUGGCUAAUGCCUUCCAGCUGAGCGUUUUACGGGGAGAUUACAGUCAAGCUGCAGCGAUAGUGGGGAAGACGGCGUACGGAGAUAGCGUACUUGAUACUAAACGCAAUCGUCUUAAGGAGGCGUCCAAGCUUCUUAGAGUCUCCCUCAACACCUCACCUCCCUCCAUCACGUCGGCAUUUUCUCUGAGUUCAACCGAGCUGCACGAACAGUGCGUAGCUCGAUCGGCAGACUCAUUCAAUCAAGUCAUGACGAAUGAAAUGCUUCAACUGCUCGAGACACAACGAGCGAUGGAGCGCACACUGGCGAUUCCUGCUGGGCUAUUAGUGGGCAGUUCGCUCGUAGAGACUAUCCAGAAGCUGGUGACGUUGCACCCGGUGCAUCGCCAAGCUUUAGUUCUCGCUGUGGACUGUGCUGAGCAGUACUGUGUCCCUCCAAGGCAAUUUUGGUGGACGUUGUUGCGCGUUCUAGCCCGAACGGAUCAAUGGGAAACGCUGUUGGCCUUGGCAGGGGCCAACCAACCGCCCAUUGGAUACGUGCCAAUUGUCGAGGUGAUGCUGGACGAAGGCAAACACGACCUCGCUCGAGACCUGUUAGCUGCUAUUCAAGACACCGACGAGCGCGAGCAAGUCUUGGCGCUACUGGCGGAAGAAGAGGGUGGAGAAGAACAGGAACACCACCACGUUGACACACUGUAGGGAGGUUGAUACUGAAAACAGAGCUCCUGUUUACAAAUUUUAG